UUCUCGCUCCAAACCUCCCAUUCCUGGGUGGGGGACCACCACCGUGCGGAUGCGCGGAAGAUCUCUCUACUAUGAAUCCCCCUUCCAAUGCAGGGGACUCAUUGCAGCUUCCUCCUAGUCGUUGCUCAGUCCCCUCUCUCUCUCUCGCUAUCUCUCUCCCCCUUCGUUUUCCCUCUCCUCUUCCGCCUCUUCUCCCUCGCUCUCUCUCUCUCUCUCUCUCUCUCUCUUCUCCACCCCAACAAUGGAUAGAGAGAUAGCCCCCACCCUCCCCCGCAACGGCGACGCCUCUUCCAGUAACAAAUAUAGGGGUGGUUGGUGGAGAGAUAUAAUGCUCGCUUACAGGACGCUAGGAGUUGUUUUCGGUGGCCUUGUUACUUCACCUCUCUAUGUCUACCCUUCCAUGAACUUGAAUUCUCCCACGGAAGAAGACUACUUGGGCAUAUUUAGCAUCAUGUUUUGGACUCUUACGCUGAUUGGCGUUGUUAAGUACGUGUGCAUUGCUCUUAAUGCUGAUGAUCAAGGAGAAGGUGGAACUUUUGCUUUGUAUUCUUUACUCUGUAGGCAAACCAAUAUUGGCUUCCUUCCCACAAAACGGAUGAGUUCGAGUGGAGAUCCCUCACUUAUUAACCAGUCUACGUUAGCUGAAAAGGAAAGUAAGCUGGCAACAUUUCUGGAGAAAAGUAUAACUGCACGAAGAAUAUUGCUGUUCAUUGCUAUGUUGGGUAUGUGUAUGCUUAUAGGUGACGGCAUCCUUACGCCUGCUAUUUCAGUGUUAUCGGCAAUGGAUGGUCUACAAGUACCCUUCCCUUCAGUUGGUAAAUCUGCUGUGGAAGCUUUGUCUGCCGUGAUCCUGCUCGCUUUAUUCCUACUACAAAAAAAGGGCACUUCUCGAGUCAGCUUUCUCUUCUCUCCCAUUAUGGCUUCUUGGACCUUUACUACUCCUAUGAUCGGCAUAUACAGCUUUCUUCGAUACUACCCAAGUAUAUUCAAAACUGUUUCACCCCAUUAUAUUGUCGGUUUCUUUCUGAGAAAUGGAAAGAGAGGUUGGCAGUUGCUCGGUGGAACUGUUCUUUGCAUUACAGGUGCAGAAGCAAUGUUUGCUGAUCUUGGCCAUUUCAACAAGAGGUCUAUUCAGAUGGCAUUUCUUUUUACCAUAUAUCCUUCUCUGGUGCUCACAUAUGCGGGGCAAACAGCAUACCUGAUCAAGAAUCCUAAUGACCACAGUGAUGGUUUUUACAAAUUCGUACCUAACCCAGUUUAUUGGCCUAUGUUUGUCAUUGCAACCCUAGCAGCUAUUGUUGCUAGCCAAUCCUUAAUAUCGGCAACCUUUUCUGUCAUCAAGCAAUCAGUAGUCCUUGAUUAUUUCCCUCGCGUUAAAGUGGUUCACACAUCGCAGCACAAAGAGGGCGAGGUUUACUCUCCAGAAAUCAAUUAUAUUCUCAUGUGUCUGUGUGUUGGUGUUGUAUUGGGCUUCGGCGAUGGAGAAGAUAUUGGAAAUGCUUUUGGUGUUGUUGUUAUACUUGUCAUGUUUAUAACUACGAUCUUAUUAACCUUGGUUAUGAUCAUUAUCUGGAGGACCCCUAUCAUCCUUGCUGGAUUAUACUUUGUGUCGUUCUCGAUCCUGGAAGGGGCCUACGUAAGUGCCGUCAUGACCAAGUUUAUCAAAGGAGGUUGGCUUCCUUUCGCCGUCUCUAUUAUCCUUGCAUUCAUAAUGUUCGGUUGGUACUACGGGAGACAAAAAAAAGUAGAAUACGAAAUGAGUAACAAAAUCACUUUAGAAUGCCUCGCGGAGCUCUUAUCAAGGUCGGAAAUCCAAAGAGUCCCCGGUUUAUGCUUCUUUUACAGCAAUAUACAGGAUGGGCUGACUCCUAUACUCGGACACUACAUCCAAAACGUGCGCUCUCUCCAUAAAGUCACAAUCUUCACCACUCUUCAGUACUUGUUGGUGGCCAAGGUUGCUCCGAACGAGAGGAUAAUAGUAAAGAGGUUAGGAAUUCAUGGUGUAUAUAGUUGUAUUGUCCAGUACGGAUAUGCCGACUCUUUUACUCUCGAGGGUGAUGACUUUGUAGCUCAAAUUACUAGUAGUUUGAGAGCAUACAUCGAGAGGAACCUCGACGAGCAAUUGCAUAUUUCCGACGAAGAGGAGAUUUCAGACUUGGAGGAAGCUAAAUCGGCGGGAGUUGUUCAUGUUCGGGGUAAGACGAGGUUUCAUAUAGGUAAGGAAGCUGGCUGGUCUGACAAGAUAUUGCUCAGAUUCUACGAGUUUCUUCACAGCAAUUGUCGGUCUGCGUUACCGACAUUGGGAGUACCCCUUCAACAGAGAAUGGAGAUUGGAAUGCUGUACAAAGCUUGACGCGAUUGUAAACUGUAUUAGUCUGACUACAUGUUUGUACCAGAUUUAGAGCCAAUCUUAGGAAUGAUGCUGUACUCUCUGUGAUCACAUAUCUGCCGGUAACGUAUGCCACUGCGCGUCACGACGUCACUGGUGGGAGCAGAUUGAGGUUAUUUCUUAUUUUUGCGACAGAAGCUGUCGUAAAAUUAUAUGAUUUUGAACUCUUGUUAAAGUUUUCAUAUUUCAGCUCCAACAUUAUAGCUCAAUGUACAAGAUUAUUGUCAUUAUACACUAUAGGAGGUUGAAUUAAGAGUUGAUAUCAUCUUUUUAUUGUCU